CACUACUAAUGCAAAUCCUCUCUCUCUCAUAUCCUUUUGGCUUCUUUUCUGAGAUAGCUGUCGAUAACUCAAUAUUGCUCCACCCAUUUUUUCCUCCAAAAUAGAAACAAAUCAGUACAUAAUCUUACUAAUGUGCAUGUGACUCAACACUUACUCUAAUACCAAACACUUUCCUCUCGCCGGGAAAUGCAUUGAUUACAAAUACUUUCUUUCUAAAAUGCGCCAACCACUUCUCUCUAACCACCAAACAGACCUUAACAACAACAUUAGUAACUCACACAACCCGCCUACGCUCAUUUCUACCGCCCGUAGCCGCUCACAAUUCACCUGCCGAAGAGUUUCACCAUUCGAAACUCAAACAGCUUCUGAAACGCGCUUCCCCAACGGAGAUUUUUAUAUGGGAAGUUACUCCGGAAACGCACCAAACGGAUCCGGAAAAUACUCAUGGAAUGACGGUUGUAUCUACGAAGGAGAAUGGAAAAGAGGAAAAGCAUCUGGUAAAGGAAAAUUCUCGUGGCCUUCAGGUGCUACCUACGAAGGUGAAUUCAAAUCGGGUCGAAUGGAAGGGUUCGGAAAAUUCACCGGAUCCGACGGAGAUACUUACGCUGGUUCAUGGAGCUCCGAUAGAAAACACGGGUACGGAAAGAAACGUUACGUUAACGGCGAUUAUUACGAAGGUUGGUGGAAAAAGAAUUUCCAAGAAGGAAACGGAAGGUACGUUUGGAAAAACGGGAACGAAUAUAUAGGUGAGUGGGAAAACGGCGUUAUUAAUGGAAGAGGUACACUUAUUUGGUCGAACGGGAACCGUUACGAAGCUGAAUGGGAGAACGGUGUUCCAAAAGGACAAGGUGUUUUCACUUGGCCUGAUGGAAGUUGUUACGUUGGUUGUUGGAAUAAAGAUAUGAAGAUGAAGUUAUUGAAUGGGAAUUUUUACCCUGGUAACAAUGGAGAGUUUUUGGGUGAUGAUUUUGGUUUAACAACGAGGAAAAGGUCUUCUUCUGUUGAAGGUGAAAAGUGUUUGAGUAAGAUUUGUAUAUGGGAAUCGGAUGGUGAAGCUGGUGAUAUAACUUGUGAUAUAAUUGAUAAUGUAUCGGUUUUGAAUAAUAGGAUUGGAACUGAGAAUGUUUCAGAUCCAAAAGAGAUUAAGAUAUUUCAACGUAAUUCUUGUUGUUUUGCAUCUGAGGUUAAGAGACCUGGGAUAACUAUCUCUAAAGGGCAUAAGAAUUAUGAUCUUAUGCUUAAUUUGCAAUUGGGUAUAAGGUACUCUGUUGGAAAGGAAGCUUCCAUAAUCCGAGGGCUUAAACAAAGUGAUUUUGAUCCGAUGGAGAAGUUUUGGACAAAGUUUCCUCCUGAAGGAUCCAAGAUUACCCCACCGCAUCAAUCAAUGGAGUUUCGCUGGAAGGAUUACUGCCCUAUGGUUUUUAGACAAUUGAGGAAGCUUUUUCAGGUGGAUUCUGCUGAUUACAUGUUAGCUGUAUGCGGGAAUGAGGCCCUCAGGGAGCUUUCAUCUCCUGGGAAAAGUGGAAGCUUCUUCUAUUUGACACAAGAUGAUAGAUUUAUGAUAAAGACAGUGAAAAAAUCCGAAGUCAAGGUACUGCUUCGGAUGCUUCGAAGUUAUUACCAACAUGUUUCUCAGUACGAGAAUUCACUUGUGACAAAAUUCUACGGAGUGCAUUGUGUCAAACCAAUUGGAGGCCCGAAGACUCGGUUCAUUGUAAUGGGCAAUCUUUUCUGCUCUGAAUAUCCAAUCCAUAGACGGUUUGAUUUGAAAGGAUCGUCACAUGGGCGUACAACAGAUAAAACUGAAGAGGAGAUUGAUGAAACUACCACCCUCAAGGACCUGGAUCUCAAUUUCGUGUUUCGCCUACAAAGAAAUUGGUUCAAGGAUCUCAUCAAACAAAUUGAGCGGGAUUGCGAGUUUUUGGAAGCUGCGGGAAUUAUGGAUUACAGUCUUUUGGUUGGCAUUCAUUUUCGUGAUGAUAAUACAUAUGACAAAAUGGGAUUGUCACCAUUUCUUUUGCGCACUGGCAGGCAGGACUCUUAUCAGAGUGAAAAGUUCAUGCGUGGUUAUCGCUUCCUUGAAGCAGAGCUACAGGACAGGGACCGAGUCAAGUCUGGCCGGAAAUCAUUGAUUAGAUUAGGAGCUAAUAUGCCCGCAAGAGCAGAGCGUAUGGCCCGGAGGAGUGAUUUCGACCAAUACACAAGUGUUGGAAUCAGCCAUUCGACUCCAUAUCGCAUUGGGGAGACCUACGAUGUUGUUCUAUAUUUUGGGAUUAUAGACAUUUUGCAAGAUUAUGACAUCAGCAAGAAGUUGGAACACGCAUACAAGUCCUUGCAGGUUGAUCCUUCCUCAAUUUCAGCCGUUGAUCCAAAGCUCUACUCGAAGAGGUUUCGUGAUUUUGUUGGGAGAAUAUUCAGUGAAGACCGGUAGGACAAGUAAUAUAGUUGUCAUGAUGGUUGAAAGUGCUUUGAUUGACCUGAAUAAUAACCAGUGUACAAAAAAGAUCUGGAAAUUGAUUCAGUUGUUUGAAUUGGUGGGCAUGCAAUUCAAUGUUUGAUUUAAAGGCUAAGCAAGUGUUUGGUUUUGGUUUCACGACAGGAACCGUAAUCUUGCGUGCCGAGGUCCAUUCUACGGUGGUAUCCAGAAGCUGGAAAUUAGAGUUUGAAAAAACUUGCGUCCUAAAUGUGACUUUGUUUUUUCCAAACAUGCACCAAGACACUGAGAAUAACCCUCUUGAGGGUUUUUCAUGUGGCCAAAUAUUGAAGGUUUUGCCAUAAUGAUGGUUCAUUGAAGGCAAGGGUGAUCUUUGUAUAUGGAAGACGGAGGAAAUGAUCUCCUGCCUUUUUUUUCUCCUUAGGUUGGAUGUGCAGAUUCAUGUGGCCACACCCAAUGUAGGAAAUUAUAUUGUGAAUGUAAAAAAAAAUGAUAGGUAAGGGGGAGAAAUGAAAAUGCUUUCAGUAACCGGAAUCCAAAUGCGUGGAUAGUUGGUACUAAUAAACAAAGUGUACAGUUAUUAAUUAUGGUGGUAGUCUCAUUUGUUGCUUAAAUGCAUAAUUAAUUAAGGGAUGAUAGCUCUUUGGGAUCUUGAUGUGUCCAAAUUCCGAAGCAAGAUGGUCUUCUUCUUUUCAAUAUCUAUAAUAAUAUAAUGGUUGAAUAUUACCAUUAAAAAAGUAAUAGGAGUGAAGGGGGUCGUUGGCUUGGUUUAGCUUUUGCAGUGAAAGCGACUGCAAGGGCAUUGGCCUGUGAUGUGUUAUGAAAAGCAGAGAAAGCACGAGAAAGAUUCGCUGCUUGUGUCUAGAUUUUCCUCUUAUUUUGUUUACUUUCUCAUGCUUUUCACUGUUUAUGUAGUUGUACCUGUAGGACUCUUCAAUUCAAUUUUUAAAUGUUUUGAUCCUCUCUUCUCUUUUGUCCUCCAAAAAUCAGUUUCGGGUAAUCUUCCACAUGGUAAGAUCUAUUUUAAAUUUUAACAGCAGCAUCACACCGUUUAUCCUGCUAUUGAGUUUAAGGGGAUUAGAGAAACAGACAUACCUGUCCCUUUUCUGUCAUGUCAUAAAACUUUGGUAGUUGGGCAAGACUCGAUGUAUGUUUGUGGUCAAAGUCAGUGGAAGAAGCAAAAAAGAUUAUACUA